UGUAGUUUAAAUGUCAUAGAAAAAUGUAUAUAAUGCAUGUUUUUGUACAAAUACUUUGAAAAAUGAAAUUUGGACAUCUUUAUUCACAAAUAUAUAUUGAAAAAAGAAAUGUAUAAAGAUAGCAAAUGAAAAAGUCCACUCAUGCAUCGACUUAACCGAAGAGAAGGGACUACCAUUUAGUCUGGUAAAAUGAUCAACCAACCAAUUUUAUUUCUAAAACAAAAAGUAUAUAGCUGAAAUUAAUGCCACCAUUUUCACUUUUUUGACACCUUUGAAACAUACAUACAAUGCAAAUGCAAGAGCCAGAAAAAUGGACAUCAUGAUCUUUCUCAUUACAUACACCCUUUAUUCCUAUUUUUAAAUCUUGGGUUGUGCCUUUAUAUUAUGUUUAUGUAGUAUGGCUUCAGGAUCAUUCAGGUGUUUUGUUGAUCAAAAAUUGGGAAAAUUUGCAUUGUUCUUCCUAUAUGCUAUUCUUGAAUGGGUGUUGAUCCUUGUUCUUUUUGUUGAUGGUUUUCUUGCAUUCUUUUCUAAUGAAUUCGCCAAGUUCUUCGAAUUGAAUAUCCCAUGUUUGUUCUGCACGAGGAUUGAUCACCUUCUCGUAAAUAGGAACCCGAAUUUCUAUUACAAUGAAUCCAUUUGUGAGGUUCAUAAGAAGGACCUUUCUGCACUUGCAUAUUGUCAUGUACAUAAGAAGCUCUCCGAAAUCAAGAAUAUGUGUGAAGGCUGCCUUUUGUCAUUUGCAACAGAGAAAGAAUCUGAUUGUCAUAGGUAUAGAUCACUAGCUGGGGUUUUGCAAAAGGACAUUGAUUGCUUCGCAGGAGAUGAUGUACGACUUUCUGUGAGAACAGGGAAGAAGGAACUAGAUGAGGCCAUCCAAAUCGAGAGGGGCAUAGUCGCGAGAUGUUCUUGUUGUAGAGAGCCUCUAAAAAUGAGGUCCAAAUUUGCCAGGAAUGCAUCGAUAAAUGGAAGGUCUCAUACUCAAGCUCCUGCUCCAUCUCCUCGCGCUUCUCCUAGAGCUCCUUUAUUAGGAGCAUGGAGGACUAUUGAGGAAGUGCGCCAUCUAGAAUCGCCUCGCAGUGUUAGGUACAUGGAGCUCAAGUUCACGCAAGAUGAUGAAGGCCCCUCAAAUGGAGGUAAAGAGGAUAUGAAAGUUGCUACUGUGCCAUUGCUACCAGAUUCUGAAGACACACAGAUUGAUUCCACUUGCAAAACUCCAAAUAAUAGUAGAAACAGAUUCUUUGGUAUCCCAUUAGACUCAGCUCAAGCAAGUCCUAGAUUUUCUCAUCAUAGGCCCAGAAAAUCAUGGAUUAGUGAUAAACUUGAUAUCACUUCAGAGGCCAGCGACACGAAUAUUGUACCGGGCGAUGUAGAAGAAGACAUCUUGAUUCGCUUAAAGAAACAGGUUCGUUUGGACCGUAAGUCUCUUGUAGAACUAUACAUGGAAUUGGAUGAAGAAAGAAGUGCUUCCGCUAUUGCAGCAAAUAAUGCAAUGGCGAUGAUCACUCGUUUGCAAGCGGAGAAAGCAGCUGUUGAAAUGGAAGCCUUUCAGUAUCAGAGAAUGAUGGAAGAACAGGCAGAAUACGACCAAGAGGCUUUGCAGCUCAUGAAUGAUGAGCUUUUGAAGAAAGAUGACGAGAUGAAGCUCUUACAAGUUGAGCUCGAGACAUAUAAGGAAAAAUAUGGACCGAUAAAGGCAAUAGGUAGCGAGGUUUGUGAAGUUGAUGAUGAUGAUUAUCAAGAAUUGAGAUCUCAGUGUUUAUCAUCUAUUAGUGAGAGAUCAGAUUGUGCCAGCCCUAAUGAAGCGGAUCAUCAUAGAGUAAACGAGCGCCUUUUUGAAUGUUCCGGGGAACAUGGAGGGGUGAAUGCGGAUGAAUCACAGCUCGAUCUUGAGAAGCAAAGAUCGUAUCUUAUGGGCUUGCUGACAGAUGUUGUAGAGAAAAUCAAAACAUUUCCUGAAGAAGGACCUCAUACGUUGGAACCAAAGAUGAUCGAAGGAAGAGGAAGCGAAAAUAAGGUCGCUCUUACAAGAGAAGUGUCGUUAAUAAGAGAGAGGUUGCGAGCCAUAGAAGCAGAAAGCGGCUUCUUAAAACAUGCUGCCAUGACACUACAGAGUGGUGAUGAAGGAAGCAAACUCUUGACUGAGAUAGCUCAACAUCUGCAGAAGCUUAGACACACGGGCAAUACCUCAUCAGAGUGUACAGAUGCAACGCGAAAAUCCAACUAAGGUGAAAUUGGCAUAGAGCAAGACAACUCUGGUAUAAUCCAGCAAGCUUUUCAUCUUAGCUUAGUCUAAAUGGAACAAAUCGAGAAGCCAUGAAUCGAUUGGACCUGUCAAUCGAAUGACUCACAACACUCGUAUUAAGAACAUCCCAUUAGAUUCCGGAAGCAACUCGAGUGAAGAGCUAAUGUUGUAAAACAGUAUAUGUAAACAUACACACAUACAUACAUGAUUUUUCAUUUAUAUUAGACACACAUCUAUGAUCUAUGUAUAAUGAAAGAUUUUGAUUCUUCCUCUCA